AUCUUUUUAUUUAUUUAUUCCAUAUACUUUAUAGACAAUAUGUAUACCAACUAUAUUACUAACGAAUCAUCAUCAUCAUUAUUGAUGGAUCGUAAACGCAAACGUUCUUCAAGUGGGCUACGAGUUCAUUUUUGUACCAAACCUCAAGAAAUCAUCGAUACUUAUUCAUCAUCAGAAUAUAAUCGUAGUGGAUUAUUCCCUGAUUAUCAUCAAGACAAUCAUUCAUCCAAGGAUUUUAUUUUGACUUUAUCAUUUGGUUUUUUAUCUCCUCCUUCUUCACCACCUACUAUAUCAACAAAGAAGGCUAAGGUUGACAAGAAGAAGAAACCAAAAUUAUCCAUUGAUACUAGUACAAUUCACGAUGGUCCUUUGUAUUUCACCAAUAUGACUACCAAUCAUCAAAAGAAAGAUCAACAACAACAACAUCAAUUAAUGACUCCCAUUGAUGAUGAUGAUGAUGAUGAUGAAAGAACUACUUUGGAAAAUACUGAAAUCAAUCGUCGAUGUCUAGUUACUGCAAUAUAAUUAUAUUUCCCUUUUUAUUAUUAUUUUUAUUAUUAUUAUUAUUAUUAUUAUCUGAUACCAUCUCCACCUUCAUCAUCACCAUCAUUACUAUUUCAGCUUGACUUUUGUAGAUAGUUUUUUUUUUUGUUUUGAUUUAUAUUUUCCACUCCUCUCAAAAGUAUCAUGUUUUUCUUUAGUUUCCCAUUAUCAUCAUCAACAUCAUCAUCAUUGUAUAUAGUAUCAAUUAUUAUUUUUUUUAUUAUCUAUCUAUCUAUAUAUUAUAUAUAAAUAAAUAGACUCUUAUAUAUAUAUUAUCACUUCAACCUUUUCACUAAAUAAAGCAUUGUAUUUUCAUUGGUCAUUCAAUUUAA